CCAAACCCUAUCUAUUCAACCCCAUAUAUCUUCAUUUCAAUUCCUCAAAACUAAACACUCUUGAAAUAAAAAACACCUUAUUGCAAAUUAAUUUGGAAAAUGAAGGAUCAUUCCUAUUAGAAAAAAGUUACUCAAGCUUUAUUUAGUUCCUCUUUUUCCAUGCAACUUAUGAUAUAGAGCUUUCAUAUCUAGCUAGAGAGAAAAAAUGGCCAGCAUAGGAUCAAAAUCGAUCAUGUGUUUGAUCGUGUUCGUGCUAUUUUACAUGCAGCAAGUCAAAAGUAGCUCUGAGCUCGAGCUACUUUUAUCGAUGAAAACAUCGAUGAAGGAUCCAUUAGGAUCUCUUCAUGAUUGGAUUCCGCGGUCUCAAUCUUUUUGCCAUUGGAAUGGUGUUGUUUGUGAUGACUUGUCACAUGUUGCAAAAAUUGAGCUAUCAGGGAAGAACUUAUCUGGAAAAUUAUCCGAGACUAUUUUCAACUUUCCAUACGUUGAAUCGAUUGAUCUCUCGAAUAAUCAACUCUAUGGAGAAAUUCCAAGCAAUAUCUCAACUUGUUUGGCGCUGAGAUUUCUCAAUCUGAGUAACAAUAACUUCACAAGUCUACUUCCUCAAGGCUCGAGAAUCCCACUUCUCGAGACAUUGGAUCUCUCAAACAACAUGAUUUCGGGGAAAAUCCCCGAAAAUAUUGGUUUAUUCUCAAUGCUCAAAGUUCUUGAUUUUGGUGGAAAUGUGUUGGUUGGAAGCAUUCCAAAGUCUAUUGCAAAUAUUUCUAAUUUGGAGUUCUUGACUCUUGCUUCAAACCAACUAAUCGGAGAAAUCCCUCGAGAACUAGGUCUUUUGAAGAACUUGAAGCUUAUUUAUUUGGGAUACAACAAUUUCUCUGGUGGAAUACCGGAGGAGAUUGGUGAAUUGUCUUCUUUGUAUCAUCUCGAUCUCGUGUACAACAAUCUCACAGGUGAAAUCCCUUCAUCUUUAGGUAAUCUCACCAAUCUUGAAUACCUUUUUCUUUACAUAAACAAGCUCACUGGCCCGAUUCCAAGAUCUCUAUUUAAUCUCAAGAAAAUCAUCUCGCUUGAUUUAAGUGAUAAUUUCUUGUCUGGUGAAAUUCCUGAGCUUAUUUCCCAAUUACAAAAUUUGGAAGUUCUACAAUUGUUCGCGAACAAUUUCACUGGUAGAAUUCCAAAUACUUUAUCUUCCUUACCUCGACUUCAAGUUCUUCAAUUAUGGUCUAAUAAAUUAUCUGGUGAGAUUCCCAAGGACCUUGGGAAACACAACAAUCUCACAAUUCUAGACCUUUCCACCAAUAACCUCACGGGUAAAAUACCCGAAACCAUAUGUUACUUCAACCAUCUUUUCAAACUCAUACUCUUUUCAAAUUCACUUCAUGGCGAAAUCCCUGUAAGCUUGAGUCAUUGCAAAAGCUUACAAAGGGUCCGCCUUCAAAACAACCACCUCACCGGUGAAUUGUCCCCAGAAUUCACAAAACUCCCACUUGUUUACUUCCUUGAUAUCUCGGGCAACAAUCUAUUUGGCUCCAUUAGCGAAAGACGAUGGGAUAUGCCAUCACUUCAAAUGCUAAAUUUGGCUAAGAACAAGUUUUUUGGUACCUUGCCUGAUUCUUUUGGUAGCAAGAAACUCGAAAACUUGGACUUAUCCGAAAAUGAUUUUAACGGUACUAUUCCUAAGAAUUUCGGAGAGUUAUCAGAGUUAAUGGAGCUCAAACUACGAAGCAACAAGCUUUCAGGCGAAAUCCCCAAUGAAUUGUCUUCAUGCAAGAAGAUUGUGAGUCUUGAUCUGAGCCAUAAUCGAUUUUCAGGUCAAAUUCCAACUAGUCUCUCCGAAAUGCAAGUUCUUAGCCUUCUUGAUUUGUCAAUGAAUGAAUUAUCAGGUGAAAUCCCGCCUAAUUUGGGGAAAGUUGAAUCACUUGUCUUGGUUAACAUCUCUCACAACCAUUUCAGUGGAUAUUUACCGUCCACCGGAGCUUUCCUAGCCAUAAAUUCAAGUGCGGUGGUUGGAAACCAACUAUGUGCCCGUGGGGACGACAUUACAAGCGGCUUAACGCCUUGUAAAUCACUCAAGAAAAGCUCAAUUUGGUGGUUCUUCUUGACAUUUCUUCUUGGAAUACUAGUUUUGCUAGUAUUCUCGGCUUUAGUUAUUGUAUUUAUUCAAAGAAGAAGAGAAUUGAAGCUAAAGAAAGUGGAGAGUACUACUCAAGAUGGUAAUAAUUGGGAAAUUCAAUUCUUUGAUUCAAAAGCCUCAAAAUCCAUCACCCUAGAUGACAUCUUAGGGAUUGGAGUUUCGUACAAAGGGUUUUAUUCUGAAAUAAGUAACAUGCAAGUAUUCGUGAAGAAGUUGAAUGUGAAUAUUCCAACAAGUUUUUGGACAAACAUCCAAGAACUAGGAAAUAUUCGACAUCCAAAUGUUGUGAAGAUAUUGGCUGCAUGCAAAUCGGAGAAAGGAGGUAUUUUGGUUUAUGAGUAUGUAGAAGGGAAAGAUUUGAGUGAAGUGAUUCGAGUCAUGAGUUGGGAACGUAGACAAAAAGUUGCUAUUGGCAUAUCUAGAGCAUUGAAAUAUUUGCAUUGUUCUUGUUCACAAAGCAUUUUCAUCGGUGACCUUUCUACCCGGAAAGUUAUCAUUGACGGAAAAGAUGAACCUCGCCUGAGAUUGAGUCUUCCCACUACGUCCUACGUUGGUCCAGAAUACAAUGGAAUAUCGGAGAGGAGCGAUAUAUAUGGAUUUGGGCUUGUUUUGAUCGAGUUAUUGACUGGAAAAAAUCGCGGUGAUGCUGAAUUUGGGAAGCGUGAGAGUAUAGUUGAUUGGGCGCGAUAUUGUUACUCAGAAUGUCAUUUGGAUACAUGGAUUGAACCACUAUUGAAGAGUGAUGCAGUGAAUAAUCAGAAUAAAAUGGUGGAGAUGAUGAAUGUGGCUCUUCAAUGUACUGCUAGUGAGCCAGCAGCAAGGCCUUGUGCUAGUGAUGUUGCAAAGACAUUGGACUCUUUUGUUAGAUCAAAUUCUUGUGGUUUAGGGUUGAAAAGGUGUGGUAGUGUUUAGAUUUUGGGAUUUCUAACUUCAAGUCCAAGAUUUUUGUUUUUAUGUUAAUGUUACUUUCUUUUUUUUGGUUUACUUUGUAUUGGGCAUAAAUUAAUGAGUGUUGCUCAAUGUUUUGGAUGUUAUUUGAGUGUAAAAAUGUAGAUAUGAAACUAAAUGCUAAUAUAUAUAUAUAGUAGAUUGCUACUUUUAAUAUGCUCA